GGCUCUAAAAUUACCUGAUUUUCUGUUUUUCCUGUUAAGAAAAGUCAAGUCAGAAUGAGAAUCUUGUCAAUAUUUUGGUGAUUUCGUAACUUUACCAAUCCAGAACUACAGACUAUGUAGGGAUAGAGAAUGGAAGCUGGUGACUAUUUUGGGGAGACAGACCUUCUUCUUUCAGAACACAUGGAUGAAUCAUUAAGUAGGAACAAUUCCAACAUGCGACGGGAGGGAGCCAACGGGAAUGUAGACGGACGAUUUAGUGCUGUCAGUACCGAUGACGAACUCUUGGACAUCAGGACUGGAGCGUUGGAACACUGGCAUGACUCCGACGAGGAAGAAAUCGCUAAAAACCUCAGUUCUAGUUCUUCCAACCUCAUGGACACCUUGGAUGAUCUUCCACCAGGGAUUGGUCAGUAUGAGGAUUUCCACACCAUUGAUUGGCUGCGGGACAUUGCCAGGGACCGCAUGCGACACCGCCACAUCAUCAAAAAGAAACAAGAAGGCAUCUGGGAGAAGAUUAAGAGCGCCCACGAUGCUUGGUCUGGGUGGGUGUGUGUGCUACUCGUGGGCGUGGCAGCAGGCCUCUGUGCGGGUAUUAUUGACAUUGGCGCCACCUGGAUGUCCGAUCUGAAGGAAGGAAUCUGUGCGGAGGCGUUUUGGUUGAACCGCGAGCAGUGCUGCUGGUCCGUCAGUAAUACAGACGCUAACGAUGACUACUGUCAACAGUGGAAAACCUGGUCAGAAAUAUUUGGAGGAAGCCGAUCUGGGGCAGGUUCCUAUGUGGUGACCUAUUUUAUAUACAUGCUGUGGGCCAUUGUGUUCGCGAUGCUGGCUGCCCUGUUCGUCAGGGUGUUCGCACCCUAUGCCUGUGGAUCUGGUAUACCUGAGAUAAAAACGAUAUUGAGCGGUUUCAUCAUUCGAGGCUACUUAGGGAAGUGGACCUUGCUGACAAAGUCAGUAGGAAUGAUGCUGGCAGUAUCUGCUGGACUGAGUUUAGGGAAGGAGGGACCAUUUGUUCAUGUAGCCAGCUGCUGCGGAAAUGUCUUCUCCUAUCUUUUUCCAAAAUAUGGCACAAAUGAGGCCAAAAAAAGAGAGAUUUUAUCUGCUGCAUCAGCUGCAGGAGUUAGUGUUGCCUUUGGGGCCCCCAUAGGAGGAGUGCUCUUUAGUUUAGAGGAGGUUAGCUACUAUUUUCCACUGAAAACAUUGUGGCGUUCAUUCUUCUGUGCUUUGGCUGCUGCAUUUGUUCUGAGGUCAAUCAAUCCAUUUGGAAAUGACCAUCUAGUCAUGUUUUAUGUGGAAUAUAAUGAACCAUGGUAUAUACAGGAGUUAAUUCCCUUUGUACUUAUUGGCGUUUUGGGGGGUCUAUAUGGAAGUUUCUUUAUAAAAGCGAACAUUGCAUGGUGCAGAUACAGAAAAAAUUCAAAAUUAGGAAAUUACCCAAUAAUAGAGGUUCUUGUUGUCACCUUUGUCACAGCUCUUCUGAGUUAUCCAAACCAAUACACAAGGUUAAAUACCAGUGAGUUAAUAAAGAUGUUGGUGGGGCGUUGUGGACCAGAGGAUGAUACAGAUCUGUGUGAUUACAAGAGGAACUACAGUUCCCACAUGCUGAAUCAGACCUCUCUGAAGACGAUGACCUCCAGCACUGUCAUUGGAGACGGCGUCUACAAGGCCUUAUGGAUGCUGGCUCUUGCUCUUGUGUUCAAAGGAAUCAUCACUGUUUUCACUUUUGGCAUAAAAAUUCCAUGUGGGUUGUUCAUUCCUAGCAUGGCUGUUGGUGCAAUCAUGGGAAGAAUGAUUGGAAUUGGUGUGGAACAAAUAGUGGUUGCAAACCACGACAACCCUUUCUUUGAGAACAUGUGCGAGUCAAAACAGUUUUGUAGAAUCACCCCUGGUCUGUACGCCAUGGUCGGGGCUGCAGCUGCCUUAGGGGGGGUGACUCGAAUGACAGUGUCACUGGUGGUGAUCAUGUUUGAGUUGACGGGGGGACUGCAGUACAUUGUCCCCCUCAUGGUCGCAAGCAUGACCAGCAAGUGGGUCGGCGACGCUCUCGGAAAAGAGGGAAUAUAUGAUGCUCACAUACUGUUAAAUGGGUAUCCUUACCUGGACAGCAAAGAAGAGUUCACCCACACGACGCUGGCCUCUGAUGUCAUGAGACCCAGAUGUGCGCGGUAUGGAUCAGCAGUGAGAAAUGAUCCCCCAUUGAGCGUCAUCACGCAAGACUCCAUGACUGUAGAGGAAGUGGACCACGUUCUGAAAUCAACUUCUCACAAUGGAUUUCCAGUGAUUGUUUCUCGAGAAUCUCAGUAUCUCGUGGGCUUUGUUCUCAGACGAGAUCUUAAUCUUGCUUUAUCCAAUGCACUGAAAAACCAAGAUGGUAUUGUGUACAACUCCAUUGUAUAUUUCACAAAUCAUGUCACAGAAAACCCUAAUGGCCCUGCUCCUCUGAAGCUGAGGAAAAUCAUUGAUAUGGCCCCAGUUACGAUAACGGACCAGACUCCUAUGGAGAUGGUGGUAGAAAUGUUCAGAAAACUGGGACUCCGACAGACAUUGGUCACACACAAAGGGAGAUUACUGGGAAUUCUCACAAAGAAAGACGUCCUCCGUCACAUAGCUCAUCUAGAGAACCAGGACCCUGAGUCCAUCCUAUUCAACUAGUUCAUUCCGUGUCGUCUGUAGCAAAUUAAUGUCUACAUAAACAUUUGAUUUAGUUGAACAGUCAUGCAGAUGUAUACAAAGUGCGAUAGAUUCGUCUCAAACUCUAGCAGUGUGGAUCCAGUGGGUGGCUGUGUGUGAAAUAUGAAGUUUAUUCUGCAUUUAGAUUCAUUUAAUAAGUCUUUUUGACUGACAAGGUAACAUUUUAAGUCAUUUUAUGUGAGCGUAUGUGUUUGUGUGCAAAUUUAAGUUAUAAUGUGACUUAUGUAUCCUCGUUUGUUAUGAACUCCAUAAUGUGAUAUUUUGUUAAGUGUUUACUCAUUUCAUUCUUCUACAGAACUAAAUUUAUAUAUGUAUAUUUAUGAAUCUCCAAGAGAUUUCAUUCUGUUGUUAUAAUGAUACAUGUGUAUGUAGUAGCUGUCGUAAUUGAUGACCACAGCUUAUGUAAGCAGAUAUCUGUCGUUAAAAAAACACCUCAUGGUCUAUUUUAUACAUGGAUUUAAAUUCUAUAGCAAAGUAUUUGAAAUUUUUCCUCUCCCAUGAUUUUUUCAAACACUCCAUCAAUGGGUUUUGGUUGCAUUUUUUUUUUGUUUUUAGUUUUUUUUUUGGUGACUUAGUAAGAGCAUUCUGUACAAAACCAAAUGUUGGAAACUUACAACUGGGCUCACUUAAGCUAGUCUGCUGCUUGGUCACCAGCAAUGUACAAUAUUUUGAUUUCUUUCUACCUCAACCUGUUAGAUGAUGUUAUUAUUUUAAUGUUAUCAAUAGAGAAAUAUCAAAUUCGGGUUUUUUAAAAUACAUUUUGUUCAACAGGAAAUUUAUUUCAAAAUUUUCCUGUUUAUAUAAAUU